AUGACGGCGUCCAAACAAGCACGCCCUGAAGAGCAAAGGAAUUUUGGGGAUAAACGGAGACUGCGAUACACAUAUCGUGUGACGUUUGGAGGGGGUUAUGGGCCUUGUGGAUCAGCAUGUUCAUACACAGACAUCGGAAAGAAGACAAAGGCGGGAAAACCUUUCAACGAAACAAACUGGGCAUGCGUAGGAUGUUCAAACCAAUUUACCGGAAGUGACUUAAAUUACGUAGUCACUGCAAUUGGAGAAAAUCCCAAAUGGGAACAGGGAGAGAAUGUUUUUGAACAAAGUAUUAAAGACGCCAGAUUCAUAAUGUCAAUGAUUAUUUCAUCUAUUCUAAGUAACACCAACAGAACAGUUUUAUCAACAACUGUUGAUACCCGUGUUCGAAAUGACACUCGGAGUAUAAAUUCCAGUCCGAUUGCAGCUCUACCACCAUAUACUGGAAUUCCUUUUGGGUGUGUCUCCAACAUUACACUUCCUGUUAUAGACCCCGACAAUGACGUCAUUAAAUGUCGCUGGGCAACGAGCGCAGAAUGUGGUCAAGCCUGCACUAAUCUACCUGAAGCAUACAUAAACGAAAAUUCUUGUAGCAUACACAUAAAUGCAUCAAAACAAGCAGGAUAUAAGACAGGACUCCGAUAUUGUGUAGCAGUAACAGUCGAGGAUUUUCCAAGAUUUCCAAUCGAACUCUCUUCUCACAUUCUCUUCCCGAAUCAACCAGUCAGUAGCGUGCCUCUCCAGUUCUUUAUAGACGUUGUUUCGUCAAGCUCAGGUUGUAAAUCCAUCAUUACCUUUGGGAACAAGAACGUUCCAGACAACACACCUGCGUCUUACAGCUUUUUGGAUUUUCACAAGCAUGUCGAAUUUGUAUUUCCAGUUUACUUAUCUUCCACAGGGCACAAUGCAACAUUUGUACAGAGUUUUACACAACACAUCAACACUACAACUAUUAGUAACCAUUCAGGAAGACAUCAUACUUUGGAAUUAUAUUCAAAAUGGCGACCAAUUCCACAACAACUCGGCGAGAAUCUUUUGUGUGUUUGGGGGAAGGAUGAUGAAGGAGUGACUACGAGAAAACAAUGCAUCUUGGGACUUAUUGCUGACUUUGACGAGUGUGUUUCCAAUCCCUGCCAUGGUUCUGGUACUUGUGUAAACCUUUAUAGAAGGUACGCAUGCGCAUGUCCACCUGGUCUCAAGGGCUCAACUUGUCAAGAAAAAAUAACAUGUGACCAAAACACGUGUCUAAAUAACGGAACAUGUUCUCUCAACUCGUCAUUCACCUGUCGGUGCAAACAUGGAUUUUUUGGAGACCUCUGUCAGUUUGAAGAACAACCCUGCUCAAGUUUUCCAUGUAAAAAUGGCGGGAAAUGCAGUCCGUCAUCCGGAUUAUACCGAUGUUUGUGUCCGAAAAAUUUCAAAGGAAACGACUGUGAGUUUACACCGACGGUCGAAGAACCUUAUGAUAUGAAGUUAUCGUUGACAAAAUUUCUAAGUAUACUCUUGGGAAGUGUAUGUUGUGCUUUGCUGCUUAUUGCGCUGUUUUUCUUUGUCUCCAAAAACAAAAGAGCUAGUUUGUCGUCAAAAGUAAGAGAUUUACAUUCAGUUGGAAACCAACAGGUGAAAGAGAUAGAAGAUACUGGGAAUAAAGUCAAGAAAAAGAAAACAAAUAGAAAGAGGAUUGAUAAAUCAUUAGGAAUUUGUUCUGCCCUGAAUUUCUGA